AUGCCCAUUCGCGGACGCUCGCGAGCAAGAGGCCGAGCACGUGGUCAGGAUCCUGGACCGCCUGGGGUAAGUCAAACUCUGUCCAGAGAACCUGCACCAGAUGUUGAAACAAAACAAGUAGGUGGUUUGGUUGGUCGAGGGAGGCAGAAGAAAGCUCUGGUACCUUUUACUGAAGAAGCUGCUCUGGAGAUCUCAGCUGGAUUUCGCCAGGUGAAGCUAGGAGAAAGAGGUGGACGUAGAAGCGAUUUUCAUGAUGGCGGCAUUAACACCAGGCUGACGAUGGAGCAUGUCAAAACGUCAAAGUCUGGAUCAAGUGGCUCGGCUAUUCAGUUGUCGGCCAAUUUCUAUCGCAUUGUGUCCCGUCCUCAAUGGGUCCUCUACCAAUACCAUGUGGACUUCAAUCCGCCAAUGGAGGCCCGUCGCCUUAGAACAGCCCUCCUAUUGCAGCAUGAGCAAGUCCUGGGCUCUGCUCACUGCUUUGAUGGAGCAGUCCUGUUUCUGCCUCAAAGACUUGAUGACAAGGUCACUGCGCUGCAUAGCAGGACAAGAAAUGGAGAGGACGUGCAAAUAACGGUCACGCUGACGAAUGAGCUACCUCCAACAUCACCAGUGUGCCUGCAGUUGUACAACAUUAUUUUUAGAAGGAUUUUGAGAAUCCUUGGCAUGCAACAGGUUGGACGCAAUUAUUACAACCCCAAAGAUCCACUCAACAUCUCGCAGCACAGACUGACUAUAUGGCCAGGCUAUACCACAGCCAUCUUGCAGUACGAGUCGUCCGUCAUGCUGUGCACCGACGUGAGCCACAAGGUGCUGCGUAGUGAGACUGUGCUCGACUUUAUGGAGAACCUGAGGCAGAAGUGUGGAUCACAGAACUUCAGUGAUAUCUGUGCCAAGGAGCUUGUUGGACUUAUUGUUCUCACAAAAUACAACAACAAAACCUACAGGAUUGACGAUAUUGCUUGGGAUCAAACGCCCUUCAACACAUUCAAGAGAGGGGACAAAGAUACCUCCUUCAAGGACUACUACAAAAAUCAAUACGGCCUGGAAAUCACUGACUGCAAUCAAGUUCUCUUGGUCAGCCACGUGAAGAGAGUUGCUCCAGGUCAAACUCCUGCUGGACCAGCUUUGCUUAUCCCAGAACUGUGCUACUUUACAGGCCUCACUGACAAGAUGCGAGCAGACUACACAAUCAUGAAGGAUCUCAGCGCGCACACCAAACUGGGACCAGAACAGAGAGCAGAACGCCUUCUCAGAUUUUCUUCCACCUUGAACAACGAUACUGAAGCAUCGGGAGAGUUGACCAAGUGGGGACUAAACUUUGACAAGCAGCUCCUGAAACUGACUGGCAGAGUCCUCCCACCAGAGAGGCUUUUCCAGCAAUCAAGAUCGUAUGGUUACAACCCCCGAACAGCUGACUGGUCGAAAGAGAUGCGUGGGUUACCUGUGAUUCACUCGCCACCUCUGCAAAAUUGGCUGCUGCUUUACGCUCGACAGAAGAGCAGAGAAGCUCAAGGCCUCCUGGAGACUCUGUAUAAAGUUGCAGCUCCACUUAAGAUCUCCUUACAAAAAGCUGUCAUGAUUGAAUAUGAAGAUCAUCCGGAGUCUUUGCUGCGAACCCUGCAGCAUAAUGUCCGAGCUGAGACACAGAUGGUGGUGGUGAUCCUCAGCAGCAACAGGAAGGACAAAUACGACUGCGUUAAGAAAUAUCUCUGUGUGGAUUGCCCCACUCCCAGCCAAUGUGUUGUGGCCCGCACCAUCAGCCGACCUCAAGCCCUCAUGACAAUUGCGACCAAGAUUGUGUUGCAGAUGGCCUGCAAGAUUGGAGGAGAGCUUUGGAGUGUGGAAAUACCUCUGAAGCAACUGAUGGUUGUGGGUGUGGAUUGCUACCACGAUAUUGCUGCUGGGAAAAGGUCCAUCGGUGCUCUGGUGGCUAGCCUCAAUCAGAACAUGACCAGAUGGUACUCUAAAGUCAAACUGCAAAGCCGAGGUCAAGAAAUUAUGGAUGGACUGAAGAUGGCCUUUGCUGGUGCGCUCAAAGACUACUACAAAUUCAAUAAAUGCUUUCCAUCCCGCAUCGUUGUGUACCGUGAUGGAGUGGGGGACGGCCAGCUGCACACUAUAGUCAACUACGAGGUGGCCCAGAUUGUCGAAUCCAUCAAGUCCAUCGGCCAAGACUACAUGCCCAAGCUGAGCGUGGUGGUGGUGAAAAAGCGCAUCAACUGCCGGCUCUUUGAGCACAGCAAUGGAAAGGUCUUAAACCCACCUCCAGGGACAGUCGUCGACUCCGAAGUCACACGUCCGGAGUGGUACGAUUUCUACAUCAUUAGCCAGGCUGUCACCUUUGGAAGUGUCUCUCCUACCCACUACAACGUUGUGUACGACACAAGUGGACUGAAACCUGACCAUAUGCAGCGGCUCACCUACAAGCUGUGCCACAUGUACUACAAUUGGCAGGGGAUCAUCGCAGUCCCUGCACCUUGCCAGUAUGCCCACAAAUUGGCCUUCCUUGUUGGUCAAAGCCUCCACAAGGAGCCCAACGUGGAGCUGGACGACCUCCUCUUUUAUCUCUAGGGAGGAAGCAGCCCUGUUUGGCUGUUUUCUUAUGUUAUCUGUUUUGUUGUUCUCUUUGUUUGAAAUAAAGAUCUAGCAAUCAAUCAAUUGCAUGCUAUUUGUAACCUCGAGGCCUUUGGUCCGUUCUAAAUAGAGAAUUUGUACUUUGAAAGAAUACGUUCAGUGUGAUAGAGCAAGACAGGAGUGGAC